AUGAAAGUUUACGCGCGGAAUCAGCAGGAGAAUCUUCCCAGCGUAUGCUGCAGCAGCACCUCAAAAGAAAACGAAGCAUUACCGAAGAGGAAAAACCGAACAGCUGUUUCGAACAGCGAAGCUGAAGUGACAGAUAACGUUGGCUGGCCAAAGUUCGCUGCAUUUGGGCUCUUCCAGUUCCAGCUCCAACAUGAGGAGUGCGAAUGGAACUCUUGCUACAACACUCCAACCGAUGACACAAGCGACAAAGGUGAUGGACAUGCCGACGAUCAAGCUUAUGCACAUCUAAUCAGGAGAACGCCGGCAGUCAGGGAGACAAUCACCGCCGACGAUUCCGAUGAUUCAAAAUCUACGAGGACAAUUUCGACGAGGAAGAAGAGACGUGGACGAGGAGUUAAGUGA